UCGUCUGUCUGUGUGUCAGACCUGAUGACCCUGGGUGGGUUGGACCUGUGUAUGUCGCAGUGCUUGAACCAUCCUCAGGGCAGCGUGAGGUGGCGUGGUGCCCAGCUCAUCGCCUCCUGUGCCCAGAACAAUAUUGCUAAUAUGGCCUGUUCCUCUCAGAUCUAAAUGAAGUUCCACUGGCCUGAGUGUUGCUGAUAGGAGUACAUUUAGAUCUGAGCAGCAGUGAAGUACCACACAGUAACUCUUUCUCGCUUUCUCUCUCUCCAUCAGGUCUGGUGCGUGAGCAGGAAGUAGGUCUCAGGGCCUUCCUGUCCCACGAUGGCUUCUCUGUGCUGAUGAGAGGCAUGCAGUCUGACAACGAGAAACUGAGGACCAAGUCGUCUUUCUUACUCCUCAACCUGCUCACAGUCCACCCAGAGCAUAAAGAUACAGUUCUCUCCAUGGGUAUGGUGCAACAGCUGGUGUCCGUUCUACGCAUGCCUCGCUCCUCCUUCCACGAGCACGUGCUCGGUGCCCUCUGCUGCCUGGUGGAGGAGAGUCCUCUGGGUCUGAGGGACUGUCAGAGCCCCACCUUGGGGCUGGAGGAGAUGCUCAACCAGCGGGCUGAAGAUCUGCAGGGGAGAGAGGAGUGUCAGAUUUCUCCUCUGGUCUCCUCCUUAUAGGAAGAGUUGGAGUUCUGCAAGCGCUUGCGUUCUGCUUGUUUCUGCGGACGGCAACCUGACGACAGUGGAAUGGAUCGCUGAAAUCCAACUGGUCCUCCACUUCUCCUGCAGUGCCGUCAUUGGCUAGGAGACAUAGGAGGAUUUAACUCUCCUUGAGGAAAAUAUGCUGAUGUUGUUGUCCAUCUAGACCCAUGUUACAAAGUGUCUGGAUCCAAGAGUGUAGCAGGCUUUAGAGAGCAGAGGGUGCUUCACUAAUCACUGUCACCAGGCGACGCAGAUGAACUUCAGAUAUAUCUCUGUGUUCAGUCACUUCUACCAUGUCCAGUCUAUGUAUCAUUAUGUAUUGGAUCUACACCUGACUACUUCCUGCUGACCUCUUGCAAAAGAGGUUUCUAACUUCAAAGGUGUUUUCCUGGUUGAAUAAAGAUACAAUAUUUUAUUUUCCGAUAGUACUGCAAGUCAUUUCUGAAAAUUUCUUCAGGUUAUCUGAUCCUGCUUUGUGACGUACUCCCCCGUGUUGCUGUUACGUUGCUGAAGAAAACAGAUUAGAGAAGCCUUUUGGAUUCUGGGUGUGCCCAACAAAACCUCUGAUUCCAUACAUGAAAUAUCAGAGGUAACAUUUAGUGAUAAUGCUAUUUUACAGCCCUGUCGCCAUUUAUUUAUCUGGCAUAGUGUGACGUUACUUGGUAAUAACUGGCAUCUUGUAUUGUUAAAGUUAUUUACCAAGUGACAACUAGUUAUUGUGGUAAUGUUAAGUAAUUUACACUGUUUACAUUUAAGUAAUUUAGCAGACGCUCUUAUCCAGAGCGACUUACAAAUUGGUGCAUUCACCUUAGGAUAUCCAGUGGAACAACCACUUUACACUUUACAUCUGUUAAACUACAUCAAAUAGUUUUCAUGUUACUGAAUAAGUAGCAGGUAAUUGGGCUGUAAAAUAAAGUUAGCCGUUUAGCAUCUUUCAGCUUCAUUUGUCAGAUGUUUUAUUAGAAUCCAUUUUGAUCGAGUUUCACUACCCAUAAAUCAUUUCUGUUGGCUUCUUGUGUUUUGGCUUUGUUAAUGACUGUCUUUCAUUCAGAAUAUCCACCAUUUGUCAAUGUUUUGUUGAGAUGUUUCUGUCUUAUCUGUGUCUAUGAACGUAGUGGAUGACUUUUUUGCAGAGUUCUUACGCCUGAAAUAACAUGAAAUAUGUAACACAACAUUGUUUAUUUUUCAUCCCCAUUUCAUCAUGAAUAAAUACAUUUUCUUUUUUCAUAAGGGA